CCCGAUCGAUAAGCGUUCCACGCGUCAAUAUGGGAAUCUCUAAAUGGGUGAACACAAUCUUCCGGUCAAGUAAAGCGGCUGCCGCUGCUACGGAAGCGAUCAAACCGAGGAACCCGAAUCGAUCCAGUGGGGUUGAAAAUGAAGUGAAACCUCUUUCAAGCCAGCAGCAAAAUGGAUUUGCUUCCGAAGCUACGUUUGAGACUCGGGCUUUCAAGCUGCAUAACCUUGAAGAAGGUCCAUCGACUAAGGUGACUCUCACCAAGGAGGAUGCGCUAAAAUACUACGGCCAGAUGUACAUGAUAAGACGCAUGGAAACGGCUGCCGGAAAUCUGUACAAGGAAAAGGUGAUCAGAGGCUUCUGUCAUCUGUACUCUGGCCAAGAGGCGUGUGCUGUUGGAAUGCGUGCCGCCAUGCGACCGGAAGAUUCCUGCAUCACCGCAUACCGUUGCCACGGAUGGACGUAUCUGAUGGGUGUGUCCCCACAGGCCGUUCUAUCGGAACUAACUGGCCGAAGCAGUGGCUGUGCUCGUGGCAAGGGUGGUAGUAUGCACAUGUACGGUAAAAACUUCUACGGCGGCAACGGCAUUGUAGGAGCUCAGGUACCACUUGGCGUAGGAAUCGGGUUCGCGGCCAAGUACAACGGAACCAAGGGAGCAUGUAUCGCGCUGUACGGUGACGGUGCUGCCAACCAAGGCCAACUGUUUGAGGUUUACAAUAUGGCUAAACUGUGGAACACGCCUUGCAUUUUCGUCUGCGAAAACAACGGCUACGGAAUGGGUACCAGUGUUGAGCGUGCCUCAGCCAACACCAACUACUACACACGAGGAGACUUUGUUCCCGGUAUUUGGGUCGAUGGUAUGGAUGUUUUGGCCGUUCGUGAAGCCACCCGCUUUGCCCUAGAGCAUACUUCCUCCGGCAAGGGCCCUAUUCUAAUGGAAACGGCCACGUAUCGUUACUCGGGACAUUCGAUGUCCGAUCCUGGCACAAGCUACCGAUCGCGCGACGAAAUUGCUGAAGUAAGACAAACGAGGGAUCCAAUCACUUCGCUACGCGAAAAGAUUUUGACCACCGAGCUGGCCACGGUGGAAGAGCUGAAGGAGAUUGAAGGCAAGAUUCGGGGUGAGGUGGACACGGCAACUAAACUGGCCAAGGCGGACAAAGAAAUCUCGGUCGAGGAGCUUACCGCAGAUAUUUACGCGAACCCACAAAACCUCACGACCGUGCGUAACACGUUGCCUCACGCAGAACUUACGCACAAGCGACUUGGGCAGGCGGUCAAUUUGUAA